AUGGCCAUCUUCGACGCGGAAAAGCGGCCUCGCGGGCUGCGCAUGCCGUCUUUGUCCGCCAUGAAAGGCGGCUCGGCAGCUUCCAAGUCACAAUUCACACUACACAGCAUGCACAGCAUGCACAGCAAGAAGUUCGAAGAACUCACCGCGAACGACUUGCCGGCCAUUCCUCCGCCUCAUGCCGCCGCAACCAUCUAUCCCUCUCCGCCACCACCACGCCCGCCUCCUCCACCCAGCAAGGAACUGCCGCCAACGCCCGGGGAGCAGCCACUGCCUGCCGCGCCGCCGCCGCUGCCAGCAAAAUCCAUGAGCCCGCCCACCCCGCCUUCCAAGACCCCGACGACAGGUCUGCGAUCCGCUAAUGCGCCUGCUCGCAAACCGCCAGCUGCGGGUAAUGCGUUCGCCAUUGAACAAGCUGCUGCUGCUCGUUCGCCGCCUCCACGUCCUACGCGAGCUACAGAUCGUCCAACGCUGGAGAGCUCUCCGCCGCUCCAGCCACAGUCGGUGACCCUCUCCCCCUCUACGAGCGAGCAGUCGUCGCAGCCCGCAAAACCUACGUCCGCCGGGCCACUGUGCAGCGGCUCCAUCACCACACUCGAAGACUUCAAUCUCUCCCCCGCAGCAAUGGGAAUGGGCGACCCAUUCGACAGAACAUCAAGCGAUGAGCAGGACCCAGUGCCUGACACGCCCCCCGUAGAAGUGGAGAUCCAGCCGGCGCCGUUGAAACCAGUACAUUUCUUCUGCUUUCAGGAGCACCGCGCCAUGCCCGUGUCCCAGAACGUGUGGCAUCCCGUGCCUUGCAUGGCAUGCCAAAAGCGAGACACCGAGAUCCGGCAUCGCUGUGUCUUCUGCGAUCUACGCAUAUGCCAAGGUUGCUACAAGAAGUUGGUGCAGUCUCGGCAAAGGUCGUUGCAGGAGAUGAUGGGUAGCCUGCGUUGA